CUGUGAUAAAAGUUCCUGAUGAACCUCCCCUGCCAGGCUCCUGCUCUGAAGGCAAAAGCCAGAAGGGGAUGAGGGAGGGCUGUGGGGGAGGCUGAGUGUGCAUCUGGUCCAGAAGAGUGGGGACCCCGGAACUGGACACCCCAGGAGGCCCAGCUCACAGGGGAAAGGACAGCGGAGCUCGCACGAGGACUGCAGGGCUUGUGAGCGUUUCUCGACUAGAAGUUCUCCUCGCAGAGAGAGGGACACAGCAGACAGCAGGCACCAUGGAGCCCCCGUCAGGCCCUGCAAGCAGGAGGCAUGUCCCCUGGAACAGGCUCCUCCCGGCAGUCUCACUCUUAUCCUUCUGGACCCUGCCCACCACUGCCCGCCUCACUGUUGACACGGUGCCCCCACUUGCUGCAGAAGGGUCGGUCGCUGUUUUUAACAUCCUCGAAAAGGAAGGGUUGAUCAUCGGCUAUGGCUGGUUCAGAGGGAACAGGGUCGAUCAAAGAGCUGCGAUUGAAGCCUACCAAAUAAUUAACAAUUCACACACACCUGGGCCUUCACACACCGGUCGAGAGACAAUAAAACCCAAUGGCUCCCUGGUAAUCCAGUCCGUCAAGAAGCAGGACGCAGGAACCUACACCGUGAUCACUGUAAAGGCUGAUUUAACUAACGUUUCGGCUUCUGGACAGCUCCAAGUAUACAGCCUGCUGCAGCGGCCCUCCAUCCAAGUCAGCGACCCCAUGGUCAGAGAAAAAGAGAACAAGGUGGUCAUGACCUGUAUCACAAACGAAAUGGACAUCAGCGUCAAGUGGAUCUUCAACAAGCAGCAACUCAAAUCCGCAAAGAACGUCUUCCUGUCCAAGGACGGCAAGAACCUCACCAUAGACCCCAUCAAGAAGGAAAAUGCCGGGGAUUAUCAGUGUGAGAUCUCCAACAUAGGCACUUCCAACAGAAGUGAGACCUUUGAGCUGAAGGUGAAAGCCACAGAAACAGUUUAUGGAGAAGUGAAGAAGAAGAGGGAGGAGGAGGAGAGAAGAAGAGAAACAAAAAGGAGAAGUAAUGCAAAAAUGAAGAGGCAGCGUUCGUGACACUGCUGCUGUCUCAAGGUUCUCAUUCCAUCACCAGGAGAUUCUUUCACCAUCAGGGAAAACGGAAGACAGUCUUUCCCCAGCUCUCCUGUAAUCCUCUAACAAGGCUCCUCCAGGCUGCCUGGUCACAGCCCUUUCCUUCAGUGUCAAUAGAUGAAAAGGCACAUCCACGAGUAGGUCUGUGGGAAACCCUACCUUCCUGGUCAUCGAACUUCGGCAAAGAGGACCUUGGGAGACAGUUGACAGAAUCUCUGCCCCUCCCCAUUUGCUGACCUAGACCUCCCCGUUUGCUUAUUCAGAGCACACUGGCUGAGUCGUAUUCCAUUGUAUGUAUGUCCCUCAGCUUCUUUAUCCAUUCAUCUUGCGAUGGACACGUAGGUUGCUUCCACGUCUCAGCUGUUGUAAACAGUGCUUCCCACCCCCAGUCCUGGCCUAUUGAAGUCUAACUUGAAUUUGCCACACAUUUGCAAGUUAUGUCCUUCUCACUGAAAUGCAUAUGUCAGAAAAGAAGAGAGAAGAAAAGGAAAAGCUUUUCCUAGCUCUUCAAAGUCCAGUAGGAACUCACCAUCCACAGAAAAUACAUAUAUAAUUGAGUUAGGACUGCAAAUUCGACAGCUUUGUCCCCUAUCAAGGUUGUCUACCUGCAAGACCAGGACUUAAACACCUUGAUGCUUACCUAGAAGACCACCUGAAGGAAAGUUACAUGGCUCAAAGUAGCCUGGAGUUAAAACUCCCCUCCGGGUCCUUCCUACCAUUCUAUGCAAAACAAAGAACUCUCUCACUGAAGGAAAAAGAAAAUGGACAUUAAGGUUGAUUAUGCCCAGCUUUCAGCAGGUCCAGCCUCUGGCCGAUCUCCAGAAUUCCUUGCCCUAGCCGUUUAAGAGAUAACUACUCCGAACAACCUUGGAGAAGAACAGGCCCCCUUAAGACAGUAGAUUUCUACAUACAUGCCUAUA